AAUUUCUUUGUUUUGUAAAUUAUUUUCGAUUAUGCUGUCUUUGGGGUCCGUUAAAUUGUUGGCACUGGGCACGGCGGGUGCCCUCUUCCUUGGUUACUGUUUCUACUUUGAUCGGAGACGCACAUCGGCGCCCGACUACAAGAAGAAAGUCUUCCAGAGGCGCCAGCGGGAGGCGAUGGCCGCCAAGCGGCGAAUUAGGUUCAGAAACGAAGCACAACGGACCGGAGCAGGCGGCGACGUGGACGAUGACCAGCUGGAGAUGCAGACGCGCUUCCUGCACGAGGUGCAGCGGGGCGAGCUGCUCAUCAAGGAGGGUCGCGUGGACGAGGGCCUCACGCACCUGUGCACCGCCAUAAACCUGUGCGCCAACCCGGGCGCCCUCCUGGAGAUGCUCGAGGCCAAUCUGCCGGAAGCGCUCUUCCGUCCGCUGAUGAUGCGUCUGUCCGAGAUGAAUCAGCGCGAAAGCAGCAGCGAAUCCACCAGUGAGACGGAGUCCACCGAUCAGCUCAGCAGCAGCAGUGCCACCACCAGCCAGCCCUUAGCCCUAGAGCCCCAGUGGCACUGACUGCCGCUGAGUGAGUGCAGCCUGGGAUUUUGAAAGGUUUUCCUUGGUGUCGCUGGAAAAUGCAAAAACUUUCGCUCUCUCUCAACCUGUUGGAUUGGCUCUAGACUGGGAGGAGGACUUGUGAGUCGGGAAAGCCAUAAAAAAGCCUCCAUGUCGUAUGCGUUACGUGCUUAGACCUCGGAUUUACAGCUUACAAGGAAAAACAAGAAGAAAACCAAAGGAAAACGAGUGAAAACAAGUGGAGAAACAUGAAUGGAAAGACGUUAAAAUAUAGAAAAUCAGAGGAAAAAUCAUCGGAAUGUCUGUUCGAAAAUUGGCAGAGGAAAACCCUGUGCAGCAGACUGUCUGGCGAGAGUUUCUUGCAAAAGAGUACGCUGCCAGCAGGCACUCGUGUGUAUCCCACAUGCCCGAUCCGUAGCACAUGCAAAUUCAAUUAAUGCAAAAAUGCCAUUCCAUACAUACAAAUCUCCGUAUAUGUAAUGUACUCGCACACACA